AUGGCGACCCCACUCUUAGCGAUCGCAAAGAUACAAAAGAAAGUCUGGGACGGCAGUCUGCCACUCGAGAUUCGACUGGCAAAUGCAGAUUGCAGAACAUACGACGAAACAGAUCCGUAUUUGAUCAACCUCCCCCGCCUAUCAUACCUCCCCUUCUUGCUCCCCCGUCUCCACGCCUUUUUUGCUCCCUCCUUGAUAAAUCCAUCUACUCCACCUCAUGAACUAUGGUUGUCAUUCCAAGGAGUGCCGUUGAAAUAUCACCAUCCCGUUGGACUACUAUACGACCUAUUUUCUGGAGCCCCACCAGCAAAUCCUGACGACGAUGAGGUAGACGCAGAGGAAACACUACCUUGGAAACUAGAACUCAGAGUGCAAGAGUUUCCUCCAGAGCUGAUGGGAUUGGACGCAGAAGGUAAGGUGGUGAGAGACUGUUUCGUUAAUGGAGUUAAAGAGGCAGAUGUCAUCCGCAACGGCAAAGGAAAUGUGUACAUGGGAUUGAGUAAGAACGACUCCGAUGUGCUAUGGGAAGCUGUGAAGACGCACAACCUUCAAAGAUUCAACACCAUAAACAACAAAUUGCUCAAUCCACCAGGAACACCCCUCCGCAAUAUCCCAAUGAAAAUCUACCUCCCCACCGCUCCGUCGAUAAUCAAUCCGGAAGAAGGAGGAGAUUCGACGAUACAAGCUAGCAUAAGAACUGUGCAGAGUCUCGUUGCUCCAUUUUCUGGAACGCGGCAACCGAAUACACUGGGGAUGGCAUUGAAUCAGAUAUUGCCGACGGUGUUUCCGAGUAGGAGGAAUCCGGUGUUGGCGACGCCUGUGUUGCAUGGGGCUGUUGUGCCGAUGGGUGCGCCUGUGGAGGAGCUUAUGAGAGCUGCGGCGUUUGCGGAUGGGUUCUUGCAUAUCGUUGUUGUCAUGUUGUAG